AUUGAAGAGGCAUGGAAACAAAAGCGCUCAAAAUAAAUAUAUGUGGCAAUACACUUGCUGUCUACUAAUAAGAGACUACAGUUUAUCUGCUCCUGAAACAUUUUGUACCAACGAUUCUCGGAAAAAUCAUGGAUGGGAUAAAAAAUGACAACGAACAAGAUGAACUCGAAAAUAGUGAACACCAUAGUAAUAGAGAUGCUGAAGAAUUAUAUGAUAAUCACGCUGUCGAAACACCAAAUGUCGACCAGAAGGAUUUCGAAGCAAAUGCCGAGAACGCAAAACACUAUAAUGUUUCAGAUACCAUAGUACAUGAUAAUAUUUUACAUAAAAGCAUCGAUAACGCCAAACAAGAGGAUAUAAUUUCUCACACAAAUGAGCCAGCAAAUGUUUCAAACGAACUUGCGUCGUGCAUAAAUAUGUCUGGUAAGAAAAGUGAUACUGAUAGUUUGCCUAUCAAUUUUUAUGGCGAUCCUAAGGAUAGUGUGACAGUUCAUAUAAACACGGAACACGGAGUCUCACUGGAAAUAUUUUUGGUCCCUGAAACAUUCCUCAUUAUGGACCUUAAAAUAUUACUGGUUAAAGACACGGGUAUAACUCAUGAAAACUUAUUGCUCUAUUACAAUGGUGAAGUGGCAAACACUGAUACCACACUCAUUACCUUGGCAAAUGAAAAUAGGUUGUUAUAUUUUACUCUUUCUCUUGGGAACGCUGUAGAUUACUUUAAAAUAAAGUUAGGAUUUCGUGAAAUAUUUCUAACGUCUGGUCUUAUCAUCAAAAUCAUUGGGAGAAAGAUUGCUGUCACAAAAGAUCCUCACAGUCAAGAAAAUAUAAUGCUAGUUCCUAAGAAAGACGGAACAAACAAAGAUGCUGAAAAUAUUCACAUACAUUGGUUACCAUACGAUCAUCAUAAACCAUUUCUUGGAGGAUACAAGAAUACAAUUACCAGCUGCAUAUAUCACAAUGCAUCUUCACAAACUAAACCUAUAAGAAGAAAAAAGUUGGGAGCCGCACAAACAUCCAGAGAUACACAAACAUAUAGGAUGCAUCAUUUCGGAAGCAUGACAGUAAAUCAAAUGUCCACCCAAUUCCCGAAGCCUGGAUUUUUUGUUGCCAACAGUCAGGACAGAGUACAAACCCCUGGAUUAUAUGAGACAGCAGAUGAAUAUCUUGCCAGAGUACUAACAAAAAUUAUAAUCAUUCAAAAGUAUUUACGCCGAUGGCUUGCAAAAAGAAAAGUAGCGCGUCUAAGAAAAAUAAGGGAUGAUUAUAUUGCUUGGGAAAAAUCACAAUCUGAAAAAUACAAAAAUGAGGUUGCUAGAAGAAUCGCACAUGAUUUUGAGCGAAGACUUCAUCCUAAAACUGUGACUGAUUUUGAUCGAUUGUAUAACGCUUUAGAAUUGUGGCGUAAAGAAGAAGUAGGUAAAAUAGAAGAAAAAAACUUAACGGAAGCAGAAAAGAAAGCAGCUCUAGCGUUGCUUUUGGAUGAAGAGGCAGAAUUGAUAUCAGUUAUAAAUAAACAUCAAAUAAAUAGAAGCAAGGAUGUUGCUGAAAACAAUCAAUCUCAUUGUCUAAAAAAGGCUGCAGCUCCUCAUCGUUGGAUAUCCUCAGUCAAUGGAAGAAUAACUGAAGUAGCCACAGCUGAAACGAUUCGUGCAAAGGAAUUGCUGGAUAUUUAUGAAAGUUUAGGUUUGGAAAAUCUAACACAUAAUGAAAGGCUAGAUAUACUUCUGACACUGAAACAAACAGUGAGCUCAUACGAUAUAAAGAUUUCUAAGGAGAUAAUGGGAUUGGUUGACAGAGAAGCAGAACUAAUUAUGCGUGAUAUUCCAGGCAAAAUUUUAUCCGGACUGAGACAAAGGAUUCGCAACAGAUUCGUGCAGUUUGCAAAAUCACCACAAGUUAAUCCGGAAGUAGGUAAGUACCUUACAGUACCAACAAACGUAAAAGAAACAACUGUACCCUUGUUAGUAGAUGACAUCCAAUACUGUAUCUCUUGUCAAAGAUACUUAAAGAAAAAUCUAUUCCCACUCAGCUCACGAGCGAAUAAACUAUCCCAAUGUAAAUCAUGUAGAAGAAGUGAUAAUCGGGGACGUGAGAGAUUAGAUCUUGAACCAUAUCAAUAUAUUUUGACAGAACUAAGACAAAAUGAGACUAGACUUGUAGAAAAGAUGAAAAGAGUGGCAAUAGAAAACGCACGAGAGGAAGAAUUACAGAGGUUAGAGCGAGGUGAGUCUCCAAGACCAGAAACAGAUGCCAUUAUUGACGGGACACAUGAAGAGACCGUUUGUGUAAAUCCACUGCCUUUCUUAAUCGAUAAAGAAGACAUACGAUUUUUAAUCGACCAAAUUUGGGAAAGUCGCUCGGUUUUAUCAGGUUGGACAAAUCUAUUUGAUUUGACACUGACUCGAUGGGAUAUUAAUGAACCAUGGUCACCAUGGAAUACUAUAGUUGUUACCAGAGAAGAAGCUGAAAUUCAUGAAAAUUUAAGUAAACUUAAAGUAGAAGAAACUUACGCAGAUCAUUUGAUUAACUUGGUGAACCAACGACUCAUACUGGGUAAAAACGAGUUUAUAAAAUUAUAUAGAAACGGUCUUAGAAUGACUAAAGAACUAUUAGUAAAUAAUAAACCAAAAGCGAAUCGAGAAAACACAUCGGAAAUAUGCCAGAAGUUAACACAUUUACGAACUCAAGCACAAAUACAUUCAGUUCAGUCUUACGAAUCCCCAUGUAAAUCAGCAAAGGUAGAAAUUUCUACUAAAAAUAAGGCAUUUAAAACCUAAAUCCAUCGAGAAUAUAAUAAAGUAUACUGCAAUUAACUGAUCAAAAGAAAUGAUGCCAAUAGAAAAUCACAUUAUUUCAAUAUUUUUAUAUACUAAUACAUUGGUUCAGAAAAUCCUAAAUAGUUCAUGUAGAACGAAAAAUACCAUUGAUAAGUAGUCACUAUUUUAUGUUAAAUGAAAAAUAUCUGCCAAUAAUUCAUCUUUAUAUAAAUAUACAAUAUCUGGUUAUUUAAUGUAGUUAAACAUGAACAUGCAUAUAUGAUUAUAUUUUGGUUGAAUUUAAAAAUUUCUUAAAUAUUUCACCUAAUUUUGAAAGAUUGUUUCAACAGUUUUAUGAAAACUUAAAAUUCUAAUUUAAUUAAUACUGCUAUACGUAUUGAUAAAAAAGGUAGGUAAAUAUAAUUCAAAACAGCACAGU